AUGCGCAUCUUCGUCACCGGCUCCACCGGCUUCGUCGGCUCAGCCGUCGUCAAAGAGCUUCUCUCCGCGGGACACAAAGUCCUCGGCCUAACCCGCAGCGAGAGCGGAAUCAAGCAACUUGAAAGCCAGGGCGCAGAAGCCCUGCACGGUACCAUCGAGGAUCUCGAACUCCUUAAGAAAGCCGCCUCCGAAUGCGACGCGGUCAUCCACCUCGCCUUCGUCCACGACUUCGCCAACUACGCCGGCUCCUGCGCCACGGACCGCGCCGCCAUCACCGCCAUGGGCUCCGCUCUAGCUGAGGCAGGAGGAGACCGCGCCCUGGUAAUCACCUCCGGCACCAUGCUGCUCCCGCGGGGCGAGCUAGGUGACGAGGACGAUGCCCCCGACAUGUCCAACCCGAUGUCUGCGGCCCGUGGCGCCUCGGAGCAGGUGUGUCUGGAUUUUGCGAAGCAGGGCGUGCGGGCUAGCGUUGUGCGGCUUCCGCCUACGACGCAUGGCCUCGGAUUCUCGGGUUUUAUGGGUCCGUUUGUGAGGGUUGCGCUGCAGAAGGGCGUGGCGGCGUAUCUUGGUGAGGGCCAAAACCGCUGGUGUGCUGGGCACCGCGACGACGCGGCGAGGCUAUUCCGGCUUGCGGCGGAGAAGGCCACGCCUGGGUCGAUCUUCCAUGCGGUGGGUGAGGAAGGUGUGCCGACGAAGGAGAUUGCGAUUGCAGUUGGGAAGCAGCUGGAUAUUCCUGUUGUCAGUAUCCCGCCGGAGAAGGCAGAGGAGCAUUUUGGCUGGUUCUGGUUUGGUGCCGUGGCUGACAAUGUGGCCUCGAGCGCGAAGACGAGAGAAAGGUUGGGGUGGAGUCCUCAAUGUACGACAUUGAUGGAGGAUAUCCCGGUUAUUGUUGACUUUAUGAAGUCUCAGGCAGUGUAA